AUGGCGUCAAGGUGUUUUGACCAUAUCAACACAACGGGAGGCAGAAAUGAAGUGCAAAGGCAUGAGCACAUGGCCGAAGGCAGGCAAGUCUUCUCCUGCAGUCCAGUUGCAGAGCAUCCUGUUGGUGAAAAUGGUUUUUCUCAUGCUCAAGCUUCGACAGAGACCAUAUUCAGUAGGACUGCAAAUCCUUCUCCUGGCCUGAAAGGGUCUCGUUUUCCUACUUCACCUAAAGGGCAAUUGCUCAGCAGGGGUACUUUUGGUCAUGUCUAUCUUGGAUUCAUCAGUGAAAGUGGCCGUCAGAUGUGUGCCAUCAAAGAGGUCAUAAAUAUUUUCGAUGAUGCAAAUUCCAAGGAAUCCCUUAAACAACUAAACCACGAAAUAGCUUUACUUAGUUAGCUCUCACAUCCAAAUAUUGUGCGGUACUAUGGCAGUGAGCUGGUCGAAGACACACUGUCUGUUUAUCUUGAGUAUGUCUCUGGAGGUUCUAUACACAAGAUACUUCAAGAAUAUGGUGCUUUUGGGGAAACAUUAAUUCGCAACUACACUGCUCAAGUACUUUCUGGACUUGCCUACUUACAUGGGAGGACUUCUGUACAUGCAGGGGCAAACAUACUGGUAGAUCCUAAUGGUGAAAUCAAACUGGCUGAUUUGGCAUGGCUAAACAUGACAUUAUUUGGAGCAGAAAUGGAGAAAAAGGGCACACAGGAGCUUGGGUCGUGCAUGGCCACACGACCGUGUGGCCAUGAGCGUGUUCCGGCCGUGCCAAUCAACUCGUGGCCAAGCAGCAUUCCAGAGAGGAGGAAGGUCACGACCGUGUGAAGCCACACGGCUGUGUGAUCCUGGGCAGAGAAGCAGAAGGCCACGACCGUGCAACCUUGCACGGCCAUGUGGCCACUCCAGAGAGGAAGCAAAGCAUGGUCGUGCAAUCUUGCACGAUCGUGCCUCACAACCAGCGGCCAAGGAAGACACGGCCGUGCGGACUCACACGGCCGUGCCACUCAACCAGAAGGAAGGAAAGGCGUGGCCGUGCCAACCUUGCACGGCUGUGCCACGGCCCGUGCAGCACCCGUUCCCUAGCAUAUAAAAGGGUCAAGAACCCUAUUCUUGGAUUCAUCUUGGGUUCGGGACUUCGUCCCUCCCCUCGGGGAAAGCCGUCGAGUUUCAUCCACCGCCGUCUCUUCACGAUCCGUCCAUCUCCGGAGCAAGGAGGCAUCCUCAAGACAUCGAAAUCAUCGGCAAGCAUCUCUACUCCCCUUUCUUCUCACA